GAACAACUAUUUUGCAGCUUUAAUCCAAUGCGAACUCGACAACGCACAUCCCCGAAACUACCCGGUUUCCAAAUACCAGUCGUCACUCUCUCCGAUCUCUCUCACUUAUAUAUAUGAGCCUUCUGGGAACAAGAGCUCCUCAGUCCUCCCAAGCACAAAAAUAGAAAGAUGCCCCAAGAAAGCCUCGUUUUUCAUUAACACUUCCAUUCCUAGAGGAAUAAGAACAAGACCGAUACCCUCAUUAUCAUCAUUCUUUCCUUUUUCAUCUUCUUUUCCUGAACCAACCAGAUUAGGGUUUUCCAUUAGUUUUUGCUAUUUUGGGUGAUCAAUUUCUCUCAAUUUAGAGGCAAAGUUAACUCAAUUCUUCGAAAAUGGGAAGAGGCAAGGUUCAGCUGAAGCGGAUCGAGAACAAGAUCAGCAGGCAAGUAACAUUCUCGAAGCGAAGGACUGGAUUGAUCAAGAAAGCUCAUGAGAUCUCAGUUCUGUGUGAUGCUGAUGUAGCUUUGAUUGUCUUCUCCACCAAAGGCAAGCUCUUUGAGUACGCUACUGAUUCCAGCAUGGAUGCGAUCCUGGAGCGAUAUGAACAAUACUCGUAUGCAGAAAGGCAGAGCACGGGUAUUCCUGAUUCUCAACCACAGGGAAGUUGGUUCAUGGAAUUUCCCAAGCUUGCGGCAAGGAUUGAAAUCUUACAAAGAAAAAUAAGGAAUUACACGGGAGAGGAUUUAGACCCCUUGAGUUUGAGGGAGCUUCAAAAUUUGGAGCAACAGAUCGAUACAGCUCUUAAGCGCGUGCGAGCAAGAAAGAACCAAGCAGUGCAUGAAUCCCUUUCAGAGAUGCACAAGAAGCAAAGGACACUGCAAGAGCAAAACAACUCGCUAGCAAAGAAGCUGAAGGAGAACGAAAAGCUGCUGCAGGAAGAACCUAAUGAUAAUCAGCAGCCAAACCCCUCAACCCUCGUGUUAAUGCCUACUCAGCAAGCUCCAAAAUCACCAGCACUACUCUCUUCUCUAACUAUUGGUGGGGAUUUCCAGGGAAGAAGAGAUGCAAUGGAUGAAGAUGUUAGGGAUUAUCAGGGAAGAGCAGAAACUCAGCCUGCUAGUAGCACAGUCAUGCCACCAUGGAUGGUUCGCCAUUUGAAUCAAUGAGACAAUGAUACAUGCACUCACAUCAGGGAAAAGCAGAAACUCAGCCUGCCAGUAGCACAGUCAUGCCACCAGGGAUGGUUCGCC